CGCCGCCGCCGUCGUAGCACCAGUCUGCAUCUGUACCUGAGUCUGCGCGUCGGCUCUGCGCUCGCGCAACCGCACCAACUACGCGCGUGAAAACUCCUAUCAAUCAUUUUAAUAUCUGCUUUUAAAUAAAAAUCUUACUUAAAUUAAAUAUCAUUUUAAGGGAUGUGAUUUAAUCUUAUUUAUCUGCAAAUAAUAGGUAAUUGUAGGAGUUUAGUUUACCGACAGGAUAAGAUUAGUUACAAGAUAACGGCUCUAAAACAACAGCUCAAUCUCUCGAGGCAAAGUGAUACGCGAUCAACACAUAUCAUAAGAAACUGAAUUUAUCUACAGUGUACGCGCUUGUAAAACUCGGUUAAACAUCAGGACAUGUGUACAACACUAUAACAUUUGUUUUAAAAAGUGUUUGUGUAAUUAAAAGUGUUGAAAAUGGUGAAAAUUUAUAGGAAAAGUGUUUCCCUGUCAGCCCUAUGGGUUUCUUCAAACGAGAGGCUAAGCGAUUUUUACGCGUCGUCAUGGCAACGAGGGGAGUCCCCGAUACCGAUGCUGGUGUUGAGGAUGGUGAUUGCCACAGUGGCGCUGGCGAUCCUCAUAUGGUCACUGGUUGAAGCUCCUACUCCUUACUGGCUGAUUUACCUGACAAACUGGGGCCUACUGCUGCUUACAAGUCUAUUCAUAUGCGGUCUCGUAAUGUCCUUCAUGGCAUUAUUCAACAGAUCCUAUGACACAAAGGAGCUCCCAUGGUACGCCAGCCUCUACUGGGCGGUAUUCAACAUCAGCAUAACCAUCUCCAUCAUGAUCACGGCACUCUACUGGCUACUAUUAUACAGCACUGAAGUGCGAGAUGAGAUGGAUGAGCGUGCGUUCUGGUUGGACGUGUCCACCCACGGCAUCACGUCGUGCCUAGCAGUGGCCGAACUAUUGCUGUCACGGACUCCAGUGCGCUUCCUGCACGUGUACCAGCCGCUCAGUAUGGGGCUCUGGUACGCCGUCUUCUCCGGCAUCUACCACGUGACCGGAGGCACCGAUGUAAAUGGGAAUCCGUUUAUCUACGAAAUAUUGGACUGGUCACAGAGCAAACGUUCGAGCAUCAUAGUCGCAGCGUCUAUGGUAGGUCUGAUCAUAGUGUACGCCUUCAUCUGGGGCAUCGCACUGUGUAGGGAUAAGGUGUCCACGUACCUAGUGCGUACGACGAGCCACGACCUGCCCGCUGCACCGCCCGACAGACACACAAGAAUCGUCUGAAGUCAUUCUAACAUUUCUAAGGAGUCAAGAUAUAAACCACGUUGAGUGCGACCCACAACGCUAUGUGGUAACAGAAAUAUGCAUUUCAUGGGAAUUAAUAGUUGUAAUUUUAUAUUUCGCUGCUAGAUGCGUCGUUGUAUUUAUUAACAUAUCCAUGACAUGUUUUUCUCUCAGUGAGCGUUUUACGAAUUCCGUGCCUAAUCGGAUGUAAUAUUUUGUUAUAGGUGCAUAGUAUUAGCUAAUUCAAUGUAUUAAUGUACAAAUCUAAUUGAAUUUUCCAAGAGAUGAUAUUGUAUUUUAUGUAGAAACGAAUCGUUUACCCAUGUCAGAAUAAACUAAACGUUUUCGGAAAUAAUUUUAUGGAACAAAUUGUUCAUUUUCAUUGUAUACAUACUUAAACUCAGACGUGGGUAAAUCGAUUGGGCGUAAUACUUAAUCUUACGAAGAUACCUUUCGUUCAAUUUUGUUGAAAAUUGAACUGAAAGGUUGAUGUGUUUCAAACACGUUCCACGAAAUAUUGUAUAUUGUAGGUAGUUGGUAGUAUACUUAAAGAUUUAAUGUUCUAUGUAAAUAUGUUUUAUAAGAGAUACCUACAUGCUCGUAUUAAAUCUUGUUUGUGUGUGAAA